AUGCUCCAUUCCGUCCGUACUAAUACCUCUGGAGCUUUCACGGCUGCCGCGCGGUGUGGUGCGCCUCGCCGCUCGUCCGGUGCCUCGGUGCAUCUCCAACCAUGUGAUCACAGAGGCCAGAGGUGUUGCACACGCCGAGGUGGAGGCAUUCCAGUCAGCUUCACGCAGGGAAAAGACAACAGCGGCAUGUUUUCGUCGUGGCAGCAUGCCUGCCAGUUGCGGGAUGCCGUCCUCCGUCCCCGCAGUCUGCAAUACCAGAGGGUGGUCCGAGUCCAUGUAAACGGGUGGAAUUCCAGUGGAAGACACGCAGGACGCGUUGCGCAGUCACUUCGGGAAACGAGACGCCGCGGCCGCUCAUCCGCGUUGCCCGUGCCGGGUCUUCGGAAAACUCAGAGUCCAUGCCGCUUGAGGUGGCGGCGAGGUCCUCUCCUGCCGUCGUUGGUGGUGAGCGACCGUCCCGCAGCUCAUGGUGUAGAUUCGGGUCGCACGCGAUGGGCGCUGCAAGACAAAGGCGACGAAUGUUGCUCGCAAAGUGAGCUACGUGUGGAGUUGCCGGGGAAGGCUGCAGAAGAUCGCCACGCACAUGCUGGGGCAGGCCGGUGGGCACACGCGGAAGGCGGUGGUCGCCAGGAGUUCAGUGCCGGGGAGCUACAGGCGCUCGCACGGUAG